CUUUCAUCAUCCAAAUAGGGUCGAGCCCAAUAUCUCCUUCUCGGCGGAUCGACCGCCGCCGCAGAAGGCAGCGCCGCCGUCCGCCGCAACCUUCUCUCCCUCCACCACCGGACGGUGCUGCUCUACCCUCCUCCUCGAAUCGCUCAACCCUAGGUGGUGGGCGGCGGGGCGUCGUCGACAUUGGACCUCCAGGAGUUCGAGGUGGUGCAGCACAACCUCAGAAUGGCUUGGGGUCAAGGUGCUAGAAGACCCAUUGUAGGGCUUCUGUUUCGUUCUCAACAACAAGCUGCUCAGGGAUACUCUUCAGUGACAUCUCAGACUCACAUGUUGACCAGUCAUGCUCCAAAAGGUGCCAUGCUUCGUAGGGGAUUCAGCUCUGAAGUGCCUGCUUCGGAGCAAAUUAAUCUUAUUAAACAACUCCGUAUAAGAACGAGUGCUCCAUUUAAAGAUGUCAAGGCUUCCCUAGCUAGUUGCAAUUGGGAUAUUGAGGCUGCACAGAAGGACCUAAGGAAGAGAGGGGUUGUUCUUGCUGCCAAAAAAUCUUCGCGGACUGCUGCCGAAGGUUUGCUAGCUAUUGCACAAGACGAGAAAAGGGCUGCUAUUGUUGAGCUUAACUGUGAGACUGAUUUUGUGGCAAGAAAUGAUGUUUUCCAGCAUCUGGCUUCAUCUUUGGCAAAGAUGGCUUUAUCGACCCAAACUCCUGGUGAAAUGGUUUUUCCUUUUGGCCCUGAAUAUUUGGAGAACAUGAGCAUCAAUCUCGAUCACCCAAAAUUCAAUGGGGAGGCAACUGUCCAAAGUGCUGUUACAGAAGUUGCUGCCAUGGUUGGGGAGAAUGUAAAGUUCAGAAGAGGUCUUAUAUUGUCCACAAGUGGGCAUGGUGUUGUUUCAUCUUAUCUGCAUACUUGUCCUCAGCCAGGUUUGGGACGCAUGGCUGGACUUCUCACAUUGGAAGUCGAAGAUAGCAAUGCUCCCAUUGAUGCCCUCAAGAGAGUUGGCUCAUCUAUUGCAAUGCAUAUUGUUGCAGCAAAGCCAUUAUUUUUAUCAAAAGAACUGGUUCCAGCCGCAGCUUUAGAAAAUGAGCGUGACGUACUCCGAACUCAGGCUGAAAGUUCUGGGAAACCCCAAAUGGCCAUUGAGAAAAUGGUCGAAGGCCGAUUGAGGAAGUACUUUGAAGAAGCUGUGCUUUUGGAGCAAAAAUAUGUUGUCAAUGACAGCACAAACAUUAAGACCGUGCUUAAUGAUUUGUCAAAGAAUAUUGGUUCUAAAGUUACAAUAGCCAAUUUUGUCAGAAUGGAAGUUGGAGAAGGAAUUCAGAGACUUGAAGGUGCAGAUGGGUCAUAAGCUAUUGCACGCACUGCAUUGAUUGCUAGCUGAGAUGAACGAAUGGGAUGAUAUAUAUGUGAAGGUUCCUCUUCUAAGUUGGUAUCAUCUUUGAUCCAACAACGGGUGUAUUUUCUUGUAAUACUCAUCAAUCAAUUGGUUAGGAGUUUACAGUUACCUGAGAAUUUAGACGACUGAUCAUCCUUUUUUUUUUGAGAAAGACGACUGAUCAUCUUUGAUCCAACGCUAGGGUGUAUUUUCUUGUGAUAAUUAUCAAUCAGUUAGUUAGGAGUUUACCAGUGAAGCA